GUUUAUGUCUGAAGUCCGCAGGGAGCUGAGCCGGUUUUGUGGGCUGGAGGUGGGGGGUGUAUUCCCCGUGGGUGUCUUUGCUCCUUAACGGGUGUUAUGGCAAAGCCCAGCGUCCCGCUGCCGUCGUACACAGAGCCGGAGACGGGGCAGCCAGGGGCCCGCGUGCUGCCUGGAGUGAGAUGCUAAAAGCCUGACCCUGCUGACCUGGGAGGACGGCUGCUACUAGGCCCCGAGUGGACUCUUGAGUGACCAAGUGAAGUGGGGUUGCCGCGAUCUCACUCCCCGGUGUCAGCCAUGCCUUGGCCCUUCUCAGAGUCCAUCAAGAAGAGGGCCUGCAGGUACCUGCUGCAGAGAUACCUGGGCCACUUCCUGCAGGAGAAGCUCAGCCUGGAGCAGCUCACGCUGGACUUAUACCAGGGCACCGGCUCCCUGGCACAGGUGCCCCUGGACAAAUGGAGCCUUAACGAAAUAAUGGAGUCGGCAGACGUGCCCCUGGAAGUGAGCGAAGGGUUCAUACAGUCCAUUUCCUUGUCCGUUCCGUGGGGUUCGCUGCUGCAGGAUCACUGCGCGCUGGAGGUGAAAGGCUUGGAGUUGGUGUUCAGACCCAGACCGCGGCCACGUUCGGGCUCCGAGCCGAUGUAUUGGUCAAGUUUCAUGACCAGCAGUAUGCAGCUCGCCAAGGAGUGUCUGAGCCAGAAGCUUACAGACGAGCAGGAAACGUCUCAACCCUUUGAGGGUCUGGAGAAGUUUGCGGAAACCAUCGAAACCGUUUUAAGACGGGUCAGAGUCACGUUUGUUGACACCGUGUUUAGAAUAGAAAACGUGCCUGAAAAUUCCAAAACGGGAACAGCCUUUGAAAUCCGAAUUAGCAGAACGGUAUAUUCCGACGAGUCGGCAGAUGAACACUCUGGCAUCGACGUACACCAGCCGUCUGCAUUCGCCCAUAAAUCGCUGCAGCUCAGCGGGGUUACGGUCUUUUGGGAUGAGUUCCUGGCCUCUGCAAAGUCCUCUCCUCUGUACUCCUCUUCACAAGCGGAAACCGAGCCCAAACUGUCACCCAGCUGGAACCCAAAACCUGCGUUUGAGCCGCAUCCUCAGUUCACAAGAACCGUCCCCGAAGUGGCUCCUUCAGACCCGGUGCAAAUCGCUACACUGCUCGGCAAAAUAGAACUGGGACUCGUUCUGAAGCAGAAUGACGUGCUCCCUGGUGCAAAGAUCGAUGUGGACGGACGCAUCGACUCGUUCCAUCUCUUCCUCUCGCCUCGGCAAGUCCACCUUCUUCUGGAUAUGUUGGCAACAAUUUCAGGGCAAGAAAGUGCAGCUGGGGGGGCAUUAUCAAAUAAAGACCGAAAAAACCGGCCGAUGCAGCAAGAGGACGAGUUUCGCAUUCAGAUGGAGCUGAAGAGAUAUUUAAGAAAGGAGCCUUUCUCUGGAGGGACAUCAGCUGAACACAGCUUCUACGAAACCGACCCCGCAAAAACCCCUUCUAGUCACGAUGAAGAAGUCUUCUUCUCAAUGGCAGACAUGGACAUGUCCCACAGUCUUGCCUCUCUGCCUCCCCUUGGAGAUCCGCCAACAGCCGACUUAGAUCUGUCUCUAAGCAGCACAUACACUACCACCCCUGCCGGUUCACCGCUGGGCACCGCCACGGGAACAUGGGGGGACUAUCAUGAGCACAGCAAAUUAGGGGAACUUGGAGUUAAAGGGACACCAUUUAAACCUCACCUUUCCCAUCACAACACACUCAGAAGGGCCGCGCUUCCCACCCGAUCUGCAUCAAUGGAUGAAUCCCGACCCGAGUUGGUUUUCAGACUGGUCGUAGGGUCCCUGUCGGUCUCCGUGCUCCAUAUUGACCCGCUGCCCCCAACGGAAACCACGUCGAGCCCCAGCCGCCUCAAACCCAUGUCUGUUGAUUUCUUCGGUCACAUCGAAAAAAUGGAUCCAAAGUCUUUUGCAAAAGACGACUUCUCCGGUCUACGAAACGUCUUUGCCGGGGCUUGUUCUCACGAUCAUCUCAGAUUCAUGGGAAGAGAGAUUAAAAUUGCUCACGAGGAACGUCAAAGGUCCGGCCUGCGGAGUUUCAACACAGACGUGUGCAUUGGGGAAACGGAACUUCUUGAGUGCCUUUUCCCCGGUGAUUCCCAGUCCUUUCCCCCACAAUACACGGAGCUGCUAAAAUUUCAGGAUGAUAAAGGGUCUGAUUCGUGUCCCUCCCCAUGUGUCCAUCUCCAUUAUAAACAUACUGAAAGCAGAGGACCUCAGGGUAGUUCGGGAAGACUGAGCUCUGCCCCUCAAAGAUCGGAGCUACAGAUUCAGCUCGCUCCGGCGUUCUGCGAGUUGGAUAUCAGCAUCGUGGACAGAUUGAACUCCCUGCUACAAGCUCAGAAACUGGGUACGGUGGAAAUGAUGACAUCACAUCUUUACUCCUCUUACAACAAGCAUAUUAGCCUGCACAAAGCGUUUGCCGAGGUUUUUUUGGAUGACUCUCGCUCUCCUGCCAACACCCGCUUUUCCAUACUGAUGUCGGCGCCGGUGCUGAAUCUCGCCGUGCGCUUCCCCAUUCCCGACCUUCGAUCGGACCAGGAGAGAGGUCCGUGGUUCAAGAAAUCUCUCCAGAAGGAAAUCCUGCACUUAAAAGCGUCUGACGUUGAGUUUAAAACCGAGAUCUUUGGCGGUUCUUCGCCCGAACAAACGAAACUGGAACUUACCUUCAAAGAGUUAACCGGUGCCUUUCAAGAGGAUAAUGAUAGUCCUCAGAUCCCGUUCCUCAGAGUAUGCGCUAGCCAAGGAGGCGAUAUGGUGGCUUCUGAUAACUUUGACUGGCUAAGGAUUGUACUGAAAAUCAACCCCAUAACUGUGCACUCCAUCCUAGAGAGAGUCGCUGCUGAGGAGGAUGAUGAUGAGAGCGGGCGUUUUCAGGAGGACGAAGAAGGUGCUUCGCACUCUUUAAAAGAUGUGUGUGACUUGAAACGGCCGGAGCCUUCCCCUUUCUCCUCUCGGAGAGUCAUGUUUGAGAAUGAGGAGAUGGUGAUGCCCGGCGAUGCGGUUGAAAUGACCGAGUUCCAAGAGAAGGCAAUCGGUAAUUCCCACUACAUCCUGGAGCUGACGUUGCCGAGCGUGUUCCUAAUGCUCCCCAACAAAGACUUCUAUGAAAAGCUGUAUAAUAGGGUAAGCAACGAUUUACUGUUGUGGGAACCUACAGCACCGUCUCCCGUGGAAACCGUUGAAAACUUGUCUUACGGAAUAGGACUGUCCGUUGCCAGCCAGCUCAUUAACACCUUUACCAAAGACAGCGGCCACUUUAAAUCAGCCACUCAUUAUGAUGAGGACAGCGGCUCGGAUGAGGAGCCCUUGCAGUUCGAUCAUGUUCUGGAUUCCAAUUACCAUUUUCGGAGGAAGAAGAAGAUGGACCUGCAGAACAAGCCUUCUCAAAGUUUCCUCUCCGUCCUCCUAAACGUGAACCAUGGACUUGUCUCUCUGUUCACCGAUGUAAAGCACGUGGACGGCAGCGUAAUGGAAAACAAACACGGGGAAUUCUGGCUGGAGUUUAACAACGGCUCGUUGUUCAGCGUGUCCAGAUACGAAGGUUUUGAAGAUAAACAUUACGUCUGUCUCCAUGCAAACUGUCUAAGCCUUUACCAUCAAGGCAUAUUAGAAGGAACAGUUCUGCCAACCGAGGCUCGGUUGCCCACCAUCACCCGGCCCCAUUGGCUUGAACCAACCAUCUAUUCCUCUGAAGAGGAUGGGAUCUCCAGCCGCGCUGCCGCCAACGGAGUGGGGAUGGACACCCUGAGCAUGCUGACCGUAGCCGUGAAAAUCCAGUCUGAUAAAUCCGACAGCAGCACCAAGGAAUUCCUUGUUGCCGUCGGACUCCGCGGGGCCACUCUCCAGCACCGAGUACUUCCGUCUGCCCUUACCUGGCACGAACAGAUAUUGCAAUUUCUGAAUAUUUCGGACGAGCCCGUCUUGGGUUAUAACCCCCCUGCAUCUAUUACCACGUUCCAUAUUCACCUGUGGAACUGUGCUCUGGACUACAGGCCACUGUUCUUGCCCACAAGAGCUCUUCUCACCGUAGAAACCUUCAGUAUUUCGUGCAGCGUUUCUUUGGACAAAUCUUCUACCAACCUACGAAUCAUCUUGGAUGAAGCUGCCCUGCAUUUAUCUGACAAGUGCAGCGCCGUGGCCGUCAAUUUAAGCCGAGAUUACGUUCGGGUCGUGGACAUGGGGCUUCUUGAACUGACAAUACAAGCUAUAAAAUUUGGCGAAAAGUACAAACCCCGAUUUGAGAUGCACUGCUCCAGCGACGUGAUUCAUAUCCGAACGUGCUCCGAUUCCUGCGCCGCGUUAAUGAAUCUGAUCCAGUACGUUGCCAGCUACGGCGAUCUGAACCCACCGGCCAGAACCGAAACAUCACCCGGACCCCACCGGAAGAGCAAAAAGGCCGACACAAGCAGUGGACGUGCGUCUCGGGGCCCGAUGCUGGCCGAGGCUGACCAGCAGAUCCUGCGAGAUUUAAUGAGCGACGCCAUGGAAGAUACAGACGGUCAUCACGCGGGCUCUCCCGCAAAACCCCAGCUUAACGGCAUUUCAGAGGGUAGACCCGAGUCCCAAGAGCAGCCGUGCUCGGAUCUCUUCCUGUUCCCUGAUGAAAGCGGCAACGUGUCGGAAGAGUCCAGCCCUACGUUUGCGUCCGCGACUCCCCAUCUCAUAAGCGACGCGCUUCUGGACGCCCCUUCUGAAAGCGACGACUUCUGUAUUCUGGACGCCCCAAAAAGUGCUGUUUCGGAUAAGGAUGAAGAGCCAUCUGUGAGAAAGCUUGUGGAUGACCCGAUCGUGAUUAAAGAGAACCAUUUCAGCUUUCCGAAGCACAAGAUGGACAGCAGCAAAGCCCCGGUGAACUUCCCCACGCCCGUCGUCCGUUACGUCGUGAAGGAAAUCUCACUCGUUUGGCACCUUUACGGGGGUAGAGAUUUCGGUAGCGCUUUCCCUCCUGCCUCGCCGGCUAAGAACUACAUGAGUCCUCACAGCUCUCCGUCAAGUACCCCAACAAGGCGUGCAAGCACCUUAACACGCGGAGGCCGUGGAAGGAACCAGGAUCUUUUGAUGGAAAUCCAGCUUACCAAGAUAAAGUUCCAGCACGAGGUUUACCCACACGGAGGUUUCCUACAGGUACCUCCGCUACCCGAACAGCCGGCAUCGAGGCAGAUUUUUAUAGUGCAAGAUCUGGAGAUCCGGGACCGCUUGGCCUCGUCUCAAAUGAAUAAGUUCCUUCACCUAUACAGCAGCAAGGAAAUGCCAAGGAAAGCGCACUCCAACAUGUUAACUGUGAAAGCUCUACACGUGCGACCGGAAUCGGCUCAUUCUCCGCAGGAAUGUUGUCUGAGGGUGACGCUGAUGCCUCUCCGUCUGAAUAUUGACCAGGAUGCCUUAUUUUUUCUGAAGGAUUUUUUUACAAGUCUUUCUACCGAAGUGGAAAUGUUGGUUACGCCAGACCCUGAAGUAAAACGAGCACCCGGUUCAGAUGUGACGUGCAGUCUGCCAAAACACCUCAGCUCCCAAGGAGCAAAUCCAGUCAUUUCAUUCCUGGGGCAAACUCAAUGGGGUAAUAACGGCAAAGUCUGUCCUUCAGAAGUGGUGUAUGACAACAUGGAAGAGACCUCAACCUUCAACGAUCAGCCGAUCUUCUUCCGUGAAUUCCGAUUCACAUCAGAAGUUCCCAUAAGGUUGGAUUAUCACGGAAAACACGUCUCAAUGGACCAGGGUACGUUUACUGGUAUUCUAAUUGGACUCGCUCAGCUGAACAAUUCCGAAUUAAAACUGAAGAGGCUCUGCUAUCGACAUGGGUUAUUAGGGGUGGAUAAAUUAUUCUCUUACGCCAUUAACGAGUGGCUCAUGGACAUCAAGAAACAUCAGCUCCCGGGCAUUUUGGGAGGUGUGGGUCCGAUGCAUUCCCUGGUACAGCUUGUCCAAGGUCUAAAGGACCUGGUUUGGUUGCCAAUAGAGCAGUACAGGAAAGAUGGCCGCAUCGUGAGAGGGUUUCAAAGAGGGGCAGCAUCAUUUGGAACCUCCACCGCCAUGGCAGCACUUGAACUGACCAAUAGGGUUGUACAAACCAUUCAGGCUGCAGCGGAGACGGCGUACGACAUGGUGUCCCCCGGCCCGAGUCCCGUGGAGUUGAAGAAAGCAAAAAGAUUUUCUCACCACCGGAUGAUACAUCAGCCUGUAGAUUUAAGGGAAGGUGUUGCCAAGGCUUACACCGUGGUUAAAGAGGGAAUAACUGAUACAGCUCAGACAAUCUAUGAAACGGCAGCUCGAGAGCAUGAGAACAGAGGAGUAACUGGCGCCGUCGGAGGAGUUCUCAGACAGAUCCCACCAGCGGUGGUGAAACCCUUAAUAGUUGCGACGGAGGCAACCUCCAAUGUCUUGGGCGGCAUGCGGAAUCAGAUCAGGCCAGAUGUCCGAGAAGAGGAGUCACAGAAAUGGCGCUUAGAAGAAGGAUAGAUUGGAACGGGCGGCGUAUAGGUGGACAGAGGGUCUGUGGCUCAUGUUGACAUGAAGCCUUUCUGCUGGGUAUGGAUCAGGGUUUCUCGGCAAACUUGGCUCAGGACAUGCAAACGUACAAAAGUCAAGAGAACAAAACGCAUCGAGAAUUUCCUGAAACUUGACAGACUGUUGGAAUUAGGGAAGGAAGAAAAGGCUAAUUCUGUCUGCUUCUCAAACUGUCUUCCGGCUUUGUCUGGACCCUUCUCAGCUGGUGGUGUAUUCUUUGCUUGCAGCAUUUCCUAAACAUGAAUAAGAAGAAAAAGAAGAAAAAAGAAAUCUCUUUAAUAACCUAUUCUGCAAUUUGACACACAGAACAACCAUCACCUAUUCGAUUAUUAGAGUGUAAGACGCGGUCUAUGUGUUGCGUUUAACAGAUGUUUAAUAAAGGUCAUCUACAGGGUCCAUAGCAAACCACAAAUCGAAUCUCUGAAGGAUUGAGGCGUUUCAAUGCCUGCUCGUUUUCACAAGUUACGUAAAAAAUGUAAACUAUUUUAGGCGCAACAUACAUUGGUCGGUUGGGAAGUGGAGCCCGGGGUCAUGUAUAAAGCACAUGAGAGAUUUGACUCCAUUUAAAAACAGUUAUUAAAAGUUAAAGGUAACGGCCAAACACCUAAACAACGUUAAUGUAACACAUAGAUCGAGUCGGUUACUGUAAAGCUCUGAGGAGCGGUUGUUCCUCUUGAAGAAGUUUAAGGAGCGUCUGUUUAAGGAUCUCAAGUUUUUUUUUUCCCUUUUCUUUUUUUGCAUUGCACUUAGUUAAUUGUUUUAUGUCGUAAGUAGAUGUUUAGGUGGCUGGAUCUGGGGGGGGGGGGGAAGCAGCCCCGGUACAUUGGCAUCCUUGUCCUUUGUUUUUGUCUGUAAAUUGUACAUGUUUAUAGUGUGAAUAAAAACUGUGUUUUGGUGA